UGUUGACUCUCAACACAACAUCAUGCUGUGUUCCAAGGUUUCCAAGGAACUGGCUCAUGAGUAUGGAGGGCCACAACUGUUUUAAAAGGUAUGGUGUACACAGUAUUUAUGGUAUAAAUUUGUAAUUGUCUUGCCCAAGCCCAAAAAGAAUAUAUGUGGGCUUCUGGUUUCUUCUUAUAAAACUUAGGUAGGGUAGGUUGGUUUUAACUUUUUUUGAAACUUUUUUAAUGUUCCAAACAAACGAACGCCAUUUUGUUUAGUCAGUGCUUCCACAUCCAAAUAUAAAUUUCCCUAAUAUUGCCUCAAAUUUCAAUUUUCCACAAACUUUUUCCUCUAAGUGGAAACACUUACAAGCAUGAUCCAAUAAAAAAGUUUAGGGUCGGGAUUUCGACGUCCAAAAGCUAGGUAGGGUCUGGAAACCCACAUUUUUUUGCCCCAAUGGUACCCAGAUAUUAAAGUUCAAUAAAGGGAGCUAAAUGCGCAUUUAAUUCAGUUGAUUAAAGACCGAUUAAAUGCGGUUAAUAAUGUAUUUAGUCACCUUUAAUAUUGGUAGAAAUGUUUAUUAAAAACAACUUUAAUCAUACAAUUAUUUGUUGCUUAUAGGUUAGUAAAGGUAAAUUUAAUCCGUUUGUUAAAGACCGCUUAAAGCGAUAUAAAGAAUAAAUUAAUCACAUUUAAUACAUUGAUUAAACUUUGUGUAAUUGCAAUUUUAGUCCUAUUUAGUCGCUGUAUUAUAUUUGCUAUAAGUUGCAUCGCUUGGGACGUUGCGCUUUUGAAAAUAUUGAAUUUGUGUCAUAUUUUCUGACAAUACAAUAUUCAUGAUUACAAAUCCUGGUAUUGCUUGACUCAAUGUUCAUGCAUCGAUAAUUUAGAUGCUUGAACAUUGAAUGCAACAUGAACUCAAAUAAACAACAUGCGUUCAUUUUUAAAAUAUAUUUAUUAGAAAAUAUAUAUCAGUAUACCCCCGUGCAUGUACAAAACUAAAACUAAAAUACCUUUUAUAUAAAUUAUCGUGCGCAACUGAAACAUUGAAUUCAACGAGAAUAAUUUACCAUGAUAACAAAAAAUGCGGAUGUACAAAGUCUUUAGCGUGCAGGAUGCGGCCAAGCUAAUCCUUUCAGGACUCGCAUGGCGUUCUCACGUAUGGUGUUGUUAUCCGUUCACAACAGAAAACGCUAUAUGAAAACGGAUUUGUGCAGACAAAGGCCCAGAAAAAAACCGGACCUAAAAUUAUCACGUUUUGUUAUUGGCUUUGUAAGAUAAAAGUACUUUUUUUUUACUUGUUCUUUAGAAAAUUAUUUUUAGCUGGCAAAAUUGUUGCUAAUUAAUAAUUUACAUUGCGAAUAAUGCAAGUCCUUAAUUUUUUUAGCGCUUUUCCUAACUAGUAGCUUUUCCCCAUGUCUUUCAAUUAAAUAAAGAAUUUUGGCAACUAAAAUAAAAACAAACUAAAAUAUGAUUACUGUCGUUCCAAUUGAAGUGUUCCUCAAAUAUUGAUUCAAUACAUUACCUCGGGCUGACCAAUUCAAAUGAUCAAGUUCCUCGAGAUAUUCGUUGUAAACUUCCUGUUGAAUAGUUUGAAUGCACCAAUCACCUUUGUUGUUUGUGCAACCAACCAAUCAUAAAUAGAAAGGAAGUGACCAGAAAUGAUCAAAUACUUGGAAUUGGCUCUUUCACAGGAAGGGUAUGAAUAUCUCGAGGAACUUGAUGAAAUGAAUUGGUCAACCUCAGGUAAUGUAUUGAAUCAAUAUUUGAGGAACACUUCAGUUGGAACGACAGUAAAAAUUAAUAAAGUGUGUGCAUAAUAAAGUCCAUUAGUUACGUUUUCUAGAAUAAAAAGUUCAAAAUAAUUGUAGUUCAUCGGGGCACGUUUAUAUCCGUAUAUAUAGCUGCAUCAUUAUCCGUCAUUCCCACUAUAGUGGCGGAUUUGUGUCAACAUCUGCGACUUGUGCUGGUUCCCCUGACUCCCUUGGCAUCAUAAGUCUCUUUGAUAGUCCAGACAGCGAAUCAUGCAUGGUGACUCUUAUCGAGUUUUCUCUUUGCUUGCCAUGGUUCUCUGCUUUCACAGGUAAACUUUCGUACUGCUUAAACCUAUGGGUUUCUUCGUCCGGCAUUUCACUUUCGUAGGAUGACAUUAUCUCCAUGCAUCGCGAGGACAUCUGCAACAUUUGCCACUCUUUCCUGGCUCCAGUUAAAUUUUUUAAGAUGUUUGAAUCGUCUUUGCCAGUUUCUAAAAAUGAAUACAGAUAAUAUUAGCAUCAUUCAAGUUUUUACCCAUCAUCGGGAGCUUAUUACUGUAAUUUAUUUCAUGAUUGACUCGGUUUUCUUUGAUGUACCACGGGCUGUAUAUAGCAUAAUGCCCUUGAAUACCAUACAGCCCUAAUUAGUCAAGAAAUAAGCGAGAAAACUAGAAAAAUACUUGUCGAAAUCGAAAAAAAAGAAAACUUUGUUAGAAAACCUCUUCAAUCAUGAAAUAAGUCAGUUAAUUACCUCGAAUGUCGGGCUUUAUGCUAUAUAAAGCCCUCGAACGCUUCGCGUUCUCGGGGCUGUAUAUAGCAUAAAGCCCUCCUUCUCGGUAAUUAACUCUUACAUAUUGCACGGUAUAUAUAGUAUACAUGCAGCUAACUCAGAAAAGGUUGUCCUUCAAAAAUCUCAAACCUUAAACUGUAAGCGUGCAAAGUAUGAGGAGCAACUUCUUUUUACGGCUUUUGAUUGCAUAGGCAAAUAAUCCUAGUACACUGCUAGUUGUAUAUUAUAGUGCUUAUUAUAUGUCUUGCCAUACAGUAGUUGCAAUGCAAAAUUCGCUAGUAAAAAGCCCAAAGUAUAUUGUCUGUACCAAAAGCAUACAGUUUUUUUAACCCCAAAUAAUGCAUUAGUCUGAAUAGAAAUCACGACCUCAGGAAUAUGCAGGAAUUUGUACAUUUCACAACUGUGAACUGAUAAAUCCCAGCUUAUUAAAAAUGUUGCUGAAUUGUUAAAUUUACCAGAUGGCUGAGUCAAAAUAUUUGGCUUUCUCGGUUAAAUUUAAUCAUAAGGGAAUAUAUGUAUCUUGUUAAUUUUUGAUGUGACACUGAGUGUAUAUCCACAACAGGCAGGCUGAAAAGUUAGCCUGACCACUGUGGGAAUCGAACUCGCGACUUUGGGGAUACUAGUCCAAUGCUCUGCCAACUGAGCUACGAGGCCAAGUCUGUUCAAGUGUACGGUAUUUCGGAACCAAGUCUAGUACCUUUGAUACAAGUGUAUUCUAUGCAUGAUCAUGGUGUUUUGAUGUUAUAUCCCAGAGGUCGCAGGUUUGAUUCCCACCGUGGUCAGGCUAACUUUUCAGCCUGCCCGGUGUAGAAUAUACACUCAUGCAGAGUAGCAUCAAAAACAUUAUAUUAACCUGAGUACAUAACAUGCACUCCCCUGCAAAGGUAGAGCACUGUUAAAAUUCCGCAUAUGCUUUUGGGUCAAAGUCUCUCAAUUGACUAUUACUUUAUAAGCCACAAUAGCUCCGUGUGUAUGUAUAUGUCUAAUAUAUAUACUGAAAUUGCAGCCUAUCUAUGUGAGGGCCUGUUUAUAUGGAAGCCGGGCUGGUCCGCAAGUCGACACAGCUCGGUAAGCGAGAUCUCGCUGUGUAGUUAUUUAUAUAUAGUAGCCUAAUAAAUAUUGUGAAUUUAUAUGGACUAGCGGGCUGGCCCCGGCUCGGUUGCGGAGACUCGAUCUUGCUCGAAAGAGGUGAGAUCUCGCUUACUAGGAUGGGAGUUUCUCCACUAUAUAAACACUCACAAGCGGGCUAGCCCGUUUGCCAGGAUGAAAGAUACCACCGCAAGAUAUUUUUAACUUACUAAUAACAAAAUAUUCCCGGGAAUCGGGAUGAAUUGUUUUCAUUUAAACACAACAGAAAUUCAUCCCGCAUACUGUGCUGUCUCGAUAUAAGUGGGGCAGUCCGGCUUCCAUGUAAACAGGCCUAACUCUAAGUCUAAUCAACUAAGGUAUGAAUACAUUACAGUAUUGAAGCGCCUCAUAGUAAUGCAUCAAAUACUAGCCAUUUUAAUUAGAAGCAGGUAUUGCAUAUAAUAUAACUAAUUCCAUUGUACUGUAUUUAGCUAAAUUAAAUGCAAAUACUGGACCAUAUAUAUGUAGGCUAUGGCAGGGUUUACACUGGCAGCGUUUACAAUGGCAGCGUUUACACACAGCGUUUUCGUAGCGUUCUCGUAUUGUUCUUAAUCCUCAAGGGAACGCAAGACAAUAGUCUAGUUCUCUCGAACAAUACGAGAAUGCUACGAAAACGGUACAGUGUAAACGCUGUCUAUACGUCGUUGAAUUUGAAAAUGAUUUCAAAUUUGUCGCCAAUAUUUCAAACAAACUAUUUUUAUAACGGUCAAAUGGACAAAGUAUUUAUAUGCAUAUCUGUACGAAGCAAUGAUGCAUUGUCUGGCAAUUCUAAACGGAAAUAUACACUAAUAAAACAUUUUACUUACCCUGCAAGCCUUGGGCACUCUCUACAUAUUUUCUGACUCGCCUCCGGGUAUUAGAUCACAGUAAAUAGAAGAUUAGAUGAUAUGCCAUGAAAUGCAUCUUGUCAUUGAUCUCAGUGCUUUUUCAAUCCUUGUAAUCGUAUAAAUUGGCCAUUUGUUCUCUAUAGAGGAGCCUGUUUUUCUCUUCGACAUUUUGCAACAGCAAAACAUACUAGUCUAGUAGGGAAACGCCGGUAGUCAUAUCGAAAUUUCAGCUAGCAAAUAUCGAACUGUGAUAAUGUGACAGCUAAGGCCAGACGUUUAAUUUAAAUUAAGCAACGAGAAAAGACUUCGAACUAUUGUUCACAGUAGGAAUCUUUCGUUGUAUCAAAUUUCUUCUGUACACUAGAGCGGCUAGGUCACCCACGUACAAAUCAAAUUCCACUUCGUCCAAAAAGCAGCGAGCAAAGUAAAAAUUGGGCUUGUUAACGUAUACUGAGUACUUCGAAAAUUGAUUCUGUCAAUAUUUCUUCUAUAAUCGUAAACGGCUUAUAUAUUUACACCGUCAGUUGAUGGAACAGACAGAUAGUGUCAAGGUUACACAGCCUACAGGGUACAGUUACCCGACCGGGACAAUAUAAAAUAGCGCGCGCGGGAAGAUCGCAUUCAAAUUAUACAUACAUAGAACUUCACAGCGACAGUGUAAUACAACAACCUUAAGUUAUGUAAAGCUUUUGGUAGUAUACCUUGCGCAAAGCCGGUUGAAAUGGCGCAUUUUAACCAGCAUCCCACACAGCAAGUGAUGCACUUGCUACCAGUGGAAUGCGCAGCCUUCUGGAAGCUACAAUGAUCCCAGUGCUACCAGAAGCUGAACAGAAUUGUUUAUCUGCAAAACAGUGACGUCUCUCAAGACCAAGAACUACGUCUUAAACGCCGCACACGUAAUAAAAAUUUGCGAGAAAAAUGCCACAAAGAAUCUGUAAAUGCCAAACAUAAAGGCGUCUCACCAAUAAAAUAAAGAGUCAGAUGAUAACGAGAUCAGGCCGCAACAUCUCAGUUACGAUCGAGGACAGUGUAUUAUUUUAUUGGAAAAAGUGCAAAGACGAAAUAUCCUUUCGUGCAACGAUCGACUAGCUGUGGGUAAGUAUACAUAUAGAAAUUGUAUAUAGUUCCUCUGUCGUCUGUCUGAAGCUGGAUGACAUUAAUUUUAUACUGUUGUUUAUAAUAUAAAUAGCCAGAGAAUAAUAUACUCAGCUUUUGUUUACUAUAUAUUGAACGUAUUAUACUGUAACCGUAGCCCUUGUCCAUAUCGUGCUAUAUAUAAUUACCGCACUUUGUCUUUGGCGAUUAAACUUGUACAUCAACAAAAUCAACUCAUGUUAAAGCAUAAUUAAUUAAAGCGAAUUUGCGCUGUAACAAGUAAACUUCUUGUGUUAUCUCACAAUGCUUAUAAGCGCCUAAAUUCAGGUGUGAAGAUGCUAAGAAACGUGUCACAUUCUAUGUUUAUGCUGCGAUAUUAAACGUUGCUUUAAUCCUAUUAAAAUAUCGACAGUAGGUGUAAGGUUUUGUCUUCACUUAAGAUGGUGAUUAAAUGUUACUUCUGCCUUUAAUCAACAUUAAACCGUACGUUAAAGGUCAUUAAAGUAUGGCGCGCUUCAAUGUUGGUUUUAAGCCGCUUUAAUAUCCUCACUAAAUGCAAUUAAAUGUAUCGGUUUCCAAAAGAGGUGUUUUAUUCAGACUAAAUGCGAUUAAAUGUAAUUUUUUAUUUAACCACCUUUACUCAGCUUAUUAAAGGUGUAAACACACAUUUAAUAUCUUUAGUAUUUUUGCUAAAGCUGAUUAAUGACACGCUUUUCGUCCUGUGACAUGCCAGGAAUAGUAUCUGCAUUUGCUUGCAUUUUGUCAAAAAUAUUUGCAUUUUGUAGAAUUGACUAUUGCAUGUGACAACCUUUGCAUGUGCACGGUAUUUAAAGAAUGGUCCUUAAAAUGAUUUUUACUGUGUUGGUGUUAUGUACUCAGGUGAAUAUGAUGUUUGUGCAAUGUUACUCUGAGUGUCGGUUAACACCGGUGAAGUUUGAAAAAUAGGCCUGGCCAAGGUGGGAAUCAAACCUAUGACCUUGGAAUGCCCAAUGCUCUGCCAACUGAGCUAUCAUGAUUACUAGCUUGCAUUGAUAUCGAAAGAACUAGACUCAGUUCUGAAAUAUCACAUACUUGAACCGACUUGACUGCGUAGCUCAGUUGGCAGAGCAUUGGGCUAGCAUUCCAAGGGUCGUAGGUUCGAUUCCAACCGUGGUCAGGCAUAUUUUUCAAGCUUACCCGGUGUGGAUAUACACUCAGAGUAACAUCACACACAUAUUCACCUGAGUACAUAACACCAACGCAGAAAAAAUCAUGAUUACUAGAUUGCAUUGUUAUCGAAGGAACUAGACUCAUUUCUGAAAAUCACAUAGUAUUACUCGAACCAACCUGACUACGUAGCUCAGUUGCCAGAGCAUUGGGCUAGUAUUCCAAGGGUCGUAGGUUCGAUUCCCACCGUGGCCAGGUAUAUUUUUCAAGCUUGCCCGGUGUGGAUAUACACUCAGAGUAACAUCACAAGCAUCAUAUUCACCUGAAUACAUUACACCAACACAGAAAAAAUCAUGAUUAUUAGAUUGCAUUGUUAUCGAAGUAACUAGACUCUUCCGAAAAUCACAUAGUAUUACUUGAACCGACCUGACUGAAUAGCUCAGUUAGCAGAGCAUUGGGCUAGUAUUCCAAGGUCAUAGGUUCGAUUCCCACCGUGGCCAGGCAUAUUUUUCAAGCUUGCCUGGUGUGGAUAUACACUCAGAGUAACAUCACAAACAUCAUGGUCUUUAAAAUGUUUACGUGGUUUUUACAUAUGAUUUGGUACAAGUUCUCGUGAACAUCCAGAACAAAUUAUUUUGCGUGUUUAAUUUGCCACCAACAUUAACACACAGCAAGGGAUUAAAGACUUUGAAGAUCCGUUAACAGCUUUAGCUUUAAUUUACACAGUGUAUAACCAAUUUUUUAGGAUUGAAUUUUUAUUAUUUUAUAAAGGACGAGGUUUUGAACUUAUAACACUGCAUUUAAUUUUGAUAAGCAUUAAUUUAGCUUUGUAUUUCAAGGGGGUUGCUCAAAUUAAAACAUCUGUCUUUGGGUGUUUGACACUCUAUUUGAAAGUUACCUUAUUUGAAAGUUACCUUUUGCUUUGUCUCCCUGAGCAAUGUAUAAAUUUAAAUACAUGCAGUAAAUGACAUUUUUCUGCUCAUUGCUUGUAAUGCCUCAAUAACCUCGUGGAUGAAUCUGUAAGGCUUCCAAAGUCGGAUUUCUUGCUGAGCAAAGUUGUGGCAUGCAUAAGCAGUCUACCUAACCCCCCCCCCCGCCCAAAAAAAAUAUUACCUACUGUAUGUCACCUGGGACAAAAAGGGAAAUCGUGUGUAAAAUGAUUAUGAAGAAGAAUUUAAAGAACUUUCAGAGUCUGAACAUCACACAUACGGUGGAAGGAAAAGUUUCAGUCCAUUUUAGGCAAUGUCAUCCAAUCAUCAAAUCAACAUUUGAUACAAAAUUGUACUGUGUGUGAACUCAAUAGUCAACAUUUGUACUAUAAGUUUUCUAAGAACUUGUAGUAGUGUCAAGCUUAUUUGUUAUUAUUUUGUAUCUUUCUUUAGAGAAAACUGUACGAGUGUUCAAUGUUAUGAGGGCAGGCUACUGUACAUGUCCUCAAAAGAAAGCAAGGUCGACGAAACAACAAAAAGGAUUAUGCGUUACAACGUUCGUAGGCUACCCUGGGAGAGUCCAUCUCUAUACGAAGGGCAAAGAAAAAGUUAGACAGGCUCCGCACCUUGUCUUUGUCAGAACUGAUACGGAGCUGAAUUCUUCCUCGCGAGGAUCGACAGCCCUCCAUUCGACCUAAGCCAAACGACUUCCCGGAGUGGGCAGCUAAGAACGAGGAUGAUAAUGUUGUUGAUGAGAGUGCCCAGUCAUUAUCCCUAGUGGCUCUUUGCUGAAUGACUCUGUUAAUGACAUGUUAAAUGAUCAUGACUGAUUGCUUUAGUUUUUCAGUAUAGUAAAGACCCACAAUAUAUCACCCAAAAUUUUCCAUGUUCUAAUGUAUUAAUAGUGCUUUAUAUAUUUGUUGUGAACCUGCAUGGCUUCUUAAACAGGUUCAUACAAAUGUUAGACUGAAAGGUUUUUAUUCGUGGGUUUUCAUUCUGCAUGUGAUAAUUUGAUAAUCAAAUUUAUGAGUUUGCGUAAUUUACACUGUUUAUACGAUAUGCAUUUAUUCUGCAUGGCAGAUUUUUAUGUUAUUGAUAUGGUAAAUAUAAAAUUGAAGAAAAAAUUAUGCGUGCUGAAAUCUUUUUUUUGUCUUUGGAGACAUUACUUCCUGCUUUGCUAUUAAACUCGCCACUGGAGCAGCUUGUUUGCUAUUACGUUCAAUUCUGGGAAACGCCAGAGAGAUCUAUGAAUGGCAUUACUUUUGUUUUACUGAUCAUCUUACCUGCACGUACAAUUUAUUAACGAAAAUAUCUAAAACAUGGCUUAACUGUAACUAUUAUUAUUUGACAUUCAAUUUGCAUUUGCGAUUUUGAAUAGUUUGUUUAACCAUUAAUGCUUAACUAUAGGUAUUUAAAUGGAAAAUGAAAACGUCAAAUAUACAAUACAUGUUUCUUUUCGUACGACAUUAAAUGAGUUUUAAGGCUAAGUAAACAUACAAAACACCUUUGCUUAAAGUUGAAUAAAGACAUGUACCUUUUCACAGUUUCAACACCACAUUAAAUGUGAUUAAAGGUUAAAUAAAGAUACAAAACACCUUUUCAUAAAGUUGAGUAAAGGCAUGUACAGGUACCUUUUCACAAUUUCAACACAUAUUAAAUGUGAUUAAAGGUAAAAUAAAGAUUCAAAACACCUUUGCUUAAACUCUUUCUCACCACAGCCCAUAUCGCGUCGAUCCUGAGCGAUCAACGGCUAUAAAUUUUCAUACCUUCGGUUCAGUGCAUGCUAUGAAGACAGAAAUACCACCAAUCGAUUCAGAAAUAAAAGAUCUACUAGUUCCAAACGAUAGUUAUCGUCAUUAUUAACAUUGUAACGAUUUAUGGGCCUUUGAAAGUCAAACACGAUAAUAUUGUAUCAAAUUACGCAAUUGUCUGAACAAAAUAUAGACUAUAGCCAUACCUUUCGCUGAAAAUAACUUCGGCCCCUUCGCACAUAUCGUCUUUGUAAUGGUCUUGUUCGAAUCCCAAUCAAAAACACUAUUUAGAGUGUUAUUUGCAAGCCUGUAUCUUCAAAUCUGUAUCUUUUAUCAAUAUAUUUCCAUUUCUUGUCCGACUGUGAGCUCGAAGUGAGUUAAUCGGAAAUACGUCUGAAAACCGUCAAAACAAUCGUAUGACCCUGGAAAGGCCAGAAAUGGAUUCGCAAGGUCAAAUUGCACCUACACGCGUGAGUUUGACGUCAUACCGGCCAACAGGAGCUUCUUAUUGGCCAAUUAUUGCGCAAUGUUCGCAAGUGCGAGUAAAACCCGAUAUCUUGAAAAAUUCAAAAUAAAUAUUUCUAGUUGGCGUAUACAUACGAAACUUUCUACACAAAAGCGCUUGGAUACAAAGAGUAUUUUACACAUAUAGCCGUUCAGAAAAUGACGAAAAGUUCAAGAGAUGUUCAAGAUCUUGUAGAUUUGAAAUCUAGAAUCUUUGGCCAAGCGGUGAGUAAAUAUAUGAUUGUUUCGGUUUGUGUAAUGCUCUGACGGCACUUGACCCCCCGUUCGAAAGGUUAUUUUAUGAGGAUUUCAAUGUUGGCUUUUAUUUACAAGGGGGGUAAAUACUUGCCGAGAUAUUUAUAUUAGAAAAAUUGUGUCGUAAUCUGAUGCGAUUAAAGUUGAGUAAAGACAUGCACCUUUUUACAAUUUCAACACCUCAUUAAAUGUGAUAUAUGUAGCUUCAAGGUACCUUUACAACUCAUUUCUCUUCGCAGUUAAAGGCAAGUUAGAAACCUUUAAUUCCCUUUAAACAAACUUUUCUCAUUCUUUAAUAGGUCGUCUUUAAUCAUCUAUAAUUAUACUAUAAUUUGGUCAUUUAAAGCCUCCAGAAAAAUCUUUAACCUGCAUGCUGAAAGGAGAGUUUAGGUACAUUUACUAAAUUUAAUCAAACUGAUUAAAUCUGAUUAAAGCCACCAAUAAACAUCGCUUUACGCCACCUUUAACCAUGAUGAUAGCUACUGAUUUCGUCCUGUGACUGCCAUUUCACUCAAGUGCCUCGAACAAGAAGUUGCCAAGCGGGAAAACAUUGCCAGUAACCAUGGCAAUGUCGAUAUCAUUUUGAUCCCCGAGAGACCCUUUUUCUCCCUAUUACUGUCAAAUAACCCUCAAGGAAAACGUGCACAAGAAUUAGCUUGUGCAAUUUGAGCAAUUUUUCAUUUAUCAAAUUGGCUACCAAGCUCCUAAAAUUGUCACAUUAUUGUCUAAUAUUGCAUGCAAAAAUACCAGGCAUUUGAAACCAGGAGUGUUCAAUGACAUCGAAUACAAGCGACACUCUAUUAUUUACUAAAUUUAUAUAUAAUUAAGGUGGCUCAAUACCAAUACUGGACAGUUUGUGUUUCGCGUGCCAAAGAUUUUGCGCCGUAAAUUUUCGCCAAAAUUUCACGCCAAAAAAGUCCUUCCAGCUAGACUAACGUGCACCAAAUGCAAGUGGCAAAGCCACAAGCAUUUUAGGUCGGUCCGCGGGUUGAACCUAGAGUCUCUCAAAUGCCAUUUCCUGGACAUUGGAGGGAAGAUUUUGCAGAAUUCUGAUGAUCAGAAAACACUUGUUAAAUUAGUAAAAUUGAGUAUUACACAUGGGAAUUCAUGUUAUAUUGUGUUACACAUGAAUAUACUCUGCUCAAAGAUAAAUAAUAAAAUUUGCUGUAUUUUAGUUUUAAUUGUCAUUCUGAAAACUGUCCCAUUCCUGCAUUCCACAUCAAGUCAUGACUUUCCUUCCAUGACCCAUCAUAUGCCUGUUGAACGGGGAUUGUGUAUGCAAAUAAUGACUUUUAUGUUGUUGUGUCGAUAAGUAAUUAUGGAUUUAUCGACAAUUAGCUAAAUUAAAAAUCAUGUCAGUUGAAGCAUGACAACCUGUCAGUACUACCAAUAUGCUUUUUGUAUCAUCUCUAUCAUGUGUUGAAUGGGAGGGGGGAAUUGUAUAUGUAAAUGCACUAUUUAUGUUAAUUAUUGUCAAUAGGUAAUUAUGGAUUUAUCAACAAGAUGAGACAAUUAGAGUUGUUAAAAAUCAUAUCGGUUGAUGCUUGACAACCUGCCGGAACUACAAACAUGCUUUUUAUGUCAUCUUGUUGAUUAUUUCCCAAUGUAGAAAGGAAUAGAAAAAAACAGGAAGUGAAAUGACAACCUCGUACCCAGGGACUUUCCUCUUGGGGAGCAAAGACCCUGGUAAAUGCAGCAGAAAAAACCUGUGCUGGUGGGCAGAUUUUUUUUUACCAAAUCACAUUUAGGCAGGUGCAUGGAAACAUUGCUGAAACAUGCAGAACACAGUUGUAUGUAUGGUAGAAUAUUCUCAAUGCCAUUACAAUUAAUAUUACAAUUGCCAAGGCCCAAACUCAAUAUACAUGUGUGUGUCAGUUGUCAAUAGGAACUCAUGUUUUCUAAAUGGCUGAUGGUCCACUGGAAAUAGUGAUUUUUUAAAAAUAAAAACGGCACGAAAAAUGGAUGCAGGAGCUGAUGAUAAACCGGGAUAUUUUUUACAUGGCCUUAUGUCAAAUUAAAUUGACAUAUUGAUACCCUUCUGUUUUGCAGACGAAAAGCUAUAAUUUUCCUUCUACUACAACCACUAACAAAGUAUGUGGUGGAGUAGUAAAGGCAAAGAAAUUGUUUCCCAAAAACCCUGCACAACAUUAUGCUGACAUGCUAAUGUUAGAGAAACAUGAAGAUAUGAAUCCAGCAUUUUUAAUCCUCUUACUGGAAAGAAGAAAGAUAUAGAAUGUAUUAGAGUUGAUGGCAACAGAGAUGAGGGCCCUGUCCACGAGGAAGUCCAGUAUUGUUGGACCAAAAGACACCUAGUUAAGGGGGCUAAGGCUAUGGUGGUGUCCAAGAGAAGCAGUGGAUCCAGUUAUAAAAACCGAGUGGAACUUCAAAACGGGUGUCUACCAUGGGUCAUGCUAAUCGCUUCAUCCCUUCGACAUUAAAUGGAUCAUGCGUAGUUUCAGGCCAGGUUAAUGACAACAUUCUAUAUUAAAACCUAGAUUCAGUUAUUGAUGUUUACCUUUUUCGAGUAGAUCUUUGUGUGCCAGAACUGUUAAUCCACCUUAUGAAUGGGACUGAUAGUGACAAUGAACAAAAAGAGAGAGAAAUUGUUUAAAAAUUUAAUACCUACACCUGAUCCAGAGCACCCAUUGGGCAACCUCAAUUGUAGACUGUGACAGGUUUUGUGCAAGCCACUACCUAAAACCAGACAAGCUUGUGAGCUCAGUCAACAUUUUAUCAAAAGCAAUACCCCCUUCUCAAAAAUGCUUUCAAAUGUCUUCAGGAAGAGUGAGGGUUUCUCCAAGAAAGAAUAACUGCUGCCACUGCGAUUAAGUAUUCUGCUGGGUUAGGCUUUCCACAACGAAAAUUUUCCUGUCAGCAAACCUUGUAAUGUCAAUGUCUUUGAUUUACUUAUUACAUAGAACUUUCCUCUCUUGAUAAAAUUUCUCUCUUACAUCUCGAGGACUAAACUUGACUAUAAUGGCAGGAUCACAACUAUCAGAGGUUUUCAAUCUAUCACAGUGGUCAGAUCUGCUCAAUUUCCUCCCACUUGGGAUUUAGUGGUGUUGUAUUUCAAGCAGAAAGAUUUAGCUAUAGCAGGAGAAAUAAAUUUCAUGCAAGUUCACACAUUAUUUUGAAUAUAUUAUGCAUGUGUUUUUGGACUUUCCCAUUAUUAUAUUGCUUCACCCCUGGGUGGUAUUAUGCACUUUUUAGAUGCCCAAAGUUACCCCACUUUUUGGCCAAAGUUGGAUUUACACAGGCUCUGUGUAUGCCCCAAAUCUUUGGCCUUGUUAUUUUUGAAUGCACAGUACCAUAAAACUGAUUUUAAAUUUAGCACAUUUUCCUAUAUUGUGCACGUUUUUGUGUAAAAUCACAAAAUGUGCCUCAAGGUACCCUCCGCAAGGAUACAUUUGCUAGUUGCAAUGCAGUGAUUUUGUUAAAAUAAAGUUUUUAUCUUAUGGCUUCAACCUAUGGUGUUGAAACCAAUCAGAAAUUGUGCAUACUGGCCGUGUAAAUAUUGGUUUUGAUUUGCACUUUUAACUGAUUUGCCAUCGUGAAUUGUCUUCUUGUUGAGAUUUCAUAUCUCAAUUGUGUUCGAAAUGUUUGGUAUCUUAAAGAAGGGGUAUUGUGUGGAGGAGGUUUACAAUGCAGCAAAUAAAUUGUGCAUCUAACUCAUUUAUUUAAAGGCUUUUAUACAUAUACCUUUUCUUCAGACAUUGACAGCAUCUCAAAUGUCUACAUACUUGUAAUAAACCUAUAAAGGAUUAUUACGGUCGGUCUGUCUUAGGGGUUAUAUAGUUGAAUAAUUCGGCAAGAUCAUGAAGUUCUCUUAUAAGUUGACUAAUAUUGCAUUAAAAGUGGUAGAAAUUGGUGUAUUUCAGUGUAUUUGUUUGCUAAUGUUGCUAUAUCUCACACUAUUUGCCUAUUAAGAAAUAUCAUGACAUGCAAUUUUAAUUCCACAGCAAAUGCUGUUAUAAUAAUAAUAAUAAUUACAUUUAUAGUGCGCAUAUGUUCAUAUGCGCAUAUGUUCAUAUAUGUUCAUAUGCGCAUAUGUUCAUAUGCGCAUGACAAUUUGAUACAUAGAAUAUAAAAUUAGUUAGAACUAUUUAGUUAAAAUUAUGUCUUUAAAAUUAACCUAAAUUACAAACUUUAUUUACAUGUAGGCUUUCUUAAAUAAGUAUGUCUUUACAGGUAAACUACGUGAAGCAUUCCUCUUUUGAGUUUCUAAAUUGAUUGCAAUUUUCCUCAUUACUUUUGCAAUUUAAAAAACUCCCUUGCAAAUCCCUUGAGGGAAUUUGCAAUGUUGCAAAGGCAAAAAAAAUUUUCCUCAGUUCCUGUUAGAAGUUCUUAACUUCCUGUUACAAGUUCCUAACUUCCUGUUCUGUUCUGGGCGUUGCAAUUGGCUAACAAAAAUAAUCCACCAAUAACAACGCUCAGAACAGAACAGGAAGUUAGGAAAUUAAAACAGGAAGUUAGGAAAAUUUAAAAUGAAGUUUGGAAUAUUGCAACAGCCGAUAGGAACAUUGCAAAUUCCCUCAAGGAAUUUGGAAAGAGAUACGAAUGUCAAAUGUGAUAAAUGAGUUACGAAGUCAAAAGAGGAACGCUUCACGUAGUUUACCUGUAAAAGUCUUUUAAAACUGUCAACAGAGCUAGCCUGUCAGAUAUAUGAAGGUAAGGAGUUCCAAAGCAUGGGUGCCGCAGAGGCAAAUGAUCGAUCACCUAACGUGGCCAAAGUCUUCACAGAAAGUGGCUCAAGAAGAACUUCUCUGUUCGAUCUAAUAUUAUAGUUAGAUGGAGACUUAAUAUUUAUUAGUUUAUUAAUCAGGUGCCAGCCCAUGCAAUGCCUUAAAAACUAUUAAUAGCAGUUUAAAGUCUAUUCUAGACUUUACCGGCAACCAGUGUAGAUUCAUCAAAGUUGGGGUGAUGUGAUCAAACCGUGAAGUAUUGCUGAUCAGUCUAGCUGCGGCAUUUUGGACACGCUGGAGCUUGUUAAGAUGAAUUGUUGGGAGACCAUAAAGAAGGCUAUUGCAAUAUUCCAAUCGAUUUAUCACCAACGAAUUGACCAAUAUUUUCGCAGUUUCAUAGGUGAGGAAUUUCCUUAUCCGUCUAAUGUUAAAAAUGUUAAAAAAUGCAGCACUUGAACACUUGCUUAUGUUAGUUACCAUUUUCAUCUGCGAGUCAAACCAGAAUCCCAAAUUCCUUGCCUUGUCGAUCGAGUUGAUAGAAUUGUCGCCAAUUCUCAAAGAAUUAAAGUUGACUUUCGCUAGUUGUUGCCGAGUUCCAAUGAUUAGAAAUUCUGUUUUACCAUCAUUAACCUUUAAUUUAUCAGCGAGCAUCCAAUCCUUAAAAUCAUCAAUGCAGUGUUCUAAGGCAGCAACUGCAGCAAGUUGAUCACAGGUCGAAUCUGGUUUGAAUGAUACAUAGAGCUGUGAAUCGUCAGCGAAUGCAUGAGCAUCAGGUAGGUGUUUUUCCACAAUGCUAAACAGUUUACCUACAUAUAGUACAAAUAGUAGGGGAUGCAAACAUGAUCCCUGAGGGACUCCACACGAUACAUCAAAAAGUCUAGAUCGGCCACCGUUGACUGAAAUAAAUUGAGAACGUUUACUGAGAUAAGAAGUAAACCACUCUAGAACCCGCCCCUUUAUUCCAAAUUCAUGAUUCAGUCUACGAAGCAGGAUGUUGUGAUCAACGGUGUCGAAUGCGGAGCUAAGAUCUAGCAUUACCGAUAGAGUAACAUGUUGACGGUUUAUAUUCAUCAAGAUAUCAUUUGUUACUUGUAGCAAAGCCGUUUCAGUGCUAUGGCAUUUACGAUAUGCCGACUGACCUUUAGGAUACGGUCUUUGUGUAUUCAGAAAAUCGUUUGUUUGAUUGAAGACUUACAGUUCAUUAAGCUUCGAUACGUACAACAGAUUGCUAACAGGUCUAAGGUUUUCAAAAGCAGUGCAAGUGUCCAAAUUCGAUUUCUUAAGUAACAGACAAACAUCCGCUACCUUCCAUUCAGGAGGAAAAACACCAGAAUCUAAUGACAUGUUUAUCAUCCUUGUAAGAACAGGAAGAAGAAUAUCUUGACAAUCGAAGUCGGCAUUGGAUCCAAUGAACUAGUUUUCCCAUUUGAUUUAGUUAUCAAUUUUUUUACAUCUUCUUCACUUAAUUGCUCAAAUGAAUCGAAGCAGGCAUUCAAUGCAAUAGAUUCAUCAAAGACACGAUUGUGCAAGUCUGAAGCUGACAAAUCAAGUUCACUUCGAAUGUUUUCAAUUUUCUGCAUGAAAAAUUCUCCAAUAUCAAUAGCUAACAUAAUCUGGUCUUCAUAUGCGGGAAAAUUAAGAUAAUUUCUCUGAUGAAAGAGAGACUUAGCGGUGUUAAAUAGUUUUCGUUGAUCUGAACUAUGUUCCAGGACAAAAUCUGUAUAAAAUUUUUUCCAAGAACGGUUCAUUACAAAUAUCAUAUAGUUUUUCGUAGAUUUGUAGAUUUGAAAAUCAUGAGGCUGUUUAGUUCUUCUCCAUUUUCGUUCAGCUCUUCUUUGCUCUCUUUUUGCAGAUUUUACUUUUUUACUUCAUUGUUAAACCAAGGUAAAUAGGGCCGAGUAACAAUCGUUUUAGUUCUUAAUGGAGCAUGCCUAUUUAUGGCUGAUUCAAGUGUUUCAUUAUAACAUAUAGCAAGCUCAUUUACAUCAAACAUAUCAAUGUUUUUACAGAGAUCAGAGUUAGAAAGGUCAGCUCGCAGAGCGUCCAGAUUCAUCGCCGAAAGAUUCCGAUACGAAACUUUUGAUUUAGUAAAAAGUACCUUACCCAUAUCAAGUUCGCAGAAGACAGGCAUAUGAUCUGAGAACAAACAGACAGGUCUAGGCACAGAAGAAACUAGAUUGUCAGUUUUCCAAGUUAUUAUUAAAUCAAGGGUGUGGCCGCUGGCAUGUGUGGGGACUUCAACAUGUUGAGUCAGGCUGAAACUCUGCAAAAGUUCCAAGAACUUGAUAGCAUCAUAGUUUUCAUUAGAAUCGAUAUGAAUAUUAAAGUCCCCGACAAUAAGAAGAGGAUCUGCACUCGGAACUAUUGAUUCUAGGUAUUCUGCGAAUUCCACAAAGAAUACAGCACUGGUAACCGGGUGGGCUACAUAAUAUGGUGGUCUGUACACAGUAAUUGGGUUUAUUCGCUGUGAACCUGAAGUAACUUUCCAUUCCGAGUAUUCAAAUGAUUGACGUUCGCCACCAGCGACCUUAGCAACCUGAAGAUUGUUUUUAAAAAGUAACCCGGUACCUCCUCCCUGACGACCAGAACGGGGAUGAUCAAAAAACUUAUAGCCACCAGGGGUACACUGAGUUUUUGGUGCAGAUUCUCUAUCGCUGAACCAAGUUUCAGUUGCCGUAAGAAGGUCUGGUUGAUGUUCACAAAUAAAAUCGUUAAAAAUCGCGGCUUUAUUAUUCAAGGAUUGUGCAUUUAAAACACUCAAAGUAAUGCCUUUGUCACAAUCUUUGGUGCACUGAGUAGAAGCAAUUAAAGGGGUUAUUUGAACAAUGUUUGAAUUAUUAAUAUGGGAAAUAGUGUUUGCAGUUUUUAUGGGUGGUGAUUUACGUAAGGUGAUUCUAAUCUGAAUUGGCAUCUUUAUCGGACAGGACAAGGGAGUUGUGAUUUGGGGGUUGUGUGGGACAUGGGAGGUGGGUGAUUUAUCUACAUUCCCCAACGUGGUAGGUGGGUGGAUUGGGACUUGUAAUAAUGGUUGGGGAGGGUAUGUUGUACGUAGCAUCCUCAAGGAAAGUGGUUUGGGGUUGGACAGGGCACUCUGGAACCCACCAAAAAAAGCAGGUGGAACAGUUCGGUGAGAGUUAGGUCCUGAAUAGGUGUAGCAGGGUAGAAUAUUGUGAGAAAAGUCACAGAAUGAGCCUUUUUUACACCUUCCUUUCUUUUGUAAGAAGGGGCACGAUACCAGGUGUUUUGGUGAUAGGGGAUUAUUAUAUAUAGGUUUGCCGUUGUGGAAAAAAUCACAUAAAUUGCCUUUGGCGCACCAGCCACGUUUACAAAGGAAAGGGCACGGGAUGGUAUGCUUUGGAGGUUGUUGUAUAGAACUUAAGUCAGGGUGAAUUGUGUUUUUAUGGUGUUUAAUCUGUGGAUUGACGGCUGUGAUCUCGUCUUGUUUAUUGCAUGUAGCAUUGUUCUCUUUAUGUGUUGGUAAACUUUCUUGAUGAAUCUGAUGGGUUUUGGGGUUAAUUGGACUUGCAUUGUUUAUAGUUGUAUUUUUGGAAUAAUUAUUAGGAACGCUAAUGAUGUUAGUAAGGUCAUUGUUUGCAGGAGUUCCGAUGAUGGUCGAAUUAUUUAAAUGUUGAUCAUUAGCAUUAUCGCUAAUAGUUUCGCAAACUGAAUUUACUUUGUUAGUUGAGCUACAGGCAUUGUUCUUUAAAUCAUUAAUAGAUGCACUGGGAUUUGUCAUUUCAAGCGAUAACAAUUUUGACUUAAUAAGUGUAUUGUCUUCGUACAAUUUAUUUAUUACUUCAUCCUGUUUACGAAUUAUAGCCUCUAAAUAUUUAUGUUUACUGCGGAGGGAAUUUAUUUCUAUGGUCAUUUCAUCGGGAAAGAUUAUAGAACCCAAAUGCGUCUCGAGAAUUACCAUGUCUAACUUUACACCCUCUAAAUCUGUUACAACAGAUCCACAAGAGCAACUGCAAGGGCUUGAACGUACCUCAGGCGUCAUUAGUUGUUUCUUUACUUCCCAAACCCAAUGUUGACUCGUUAUUUCUUAAACCCAGUGUUGCCCGACAUUCCAGCUUCAAUUUUAAAGGGUAAUCGCAGUUGUCAGUAAGGGUUAUAAGUUUCUUGGAGCGAGGACCAUACCAUUUAAUGAUUAGAUCUGAAUCAUCAUCCUUAAAAAGUUUGACGUUGCUGCCGGGUGAAGUCCAUAUCCCUUUAGUGUUCAGCGUUUUCUCAACAAAGGUCUUUAACUUGCUCAAAGUGCCAGUCCAUCGGUAAAUUUUGCCAUUGUACGUUAAUUCGUUCACUAUAUUCAUGUCUUUGUAGUAAAGGAUAUAUAUCUCACCAAGUUUACACACUAAUAGAAAUAACAAAUGCGAAAUAACAAAUGCAAAUAACAAAUGCGAAAUUAAAUAUAUGGCAGUAUUACAGUUUAGGUAUCUUUUAAAUUGCUAAUAGAUCACACAGAAACUUUUUACAAUCGUUAUAUUCAAAAGACUAGCAUGCAAAUUCACAUAUUUGCUAUUUACAUGGGAAGCAACGAAAUACGACACAGUAUCUUCAAGUACACUGUGAAAUUCCACUGACAAAAUGAGCCUGCACAAAACUAGGUUCUGAACUACGAUAUGAAUUUUGAUUCAAAAUAGUACACCACAUCGAGUAAUGUGUUGAAGUAAACAAGGACGUGCUGUAGAUGAAAUCCUUCUAAAGAAGAUUGUAAGCCUUCUAAAGAAGAUUGUAAGCCUCGGGAUAUCAGGGGAAAGUAUAGUUUCGAUAAGUAAACAGUUGGACAUACCAAGACCGACCACAUGCAAGAGUUGCUAUAAUGAUUAAUGACUAUGUUGGUGUUAGAAGAAUGACUGUGUUGGUUACUGUUUUCUAGUUAUAAACAUAUGGUAAUGUUUCAUCAGACAGUCCUCAACAGUGUUUAGGUUAUUUAAAGCAUAAUUAGAAAUAGAGCUACACUACUGUAGUUUCUCUUGAUUAAAAAAUGAACUUUAAUAAUGUUACCAACUGGUGUAUUAACGACAUUAUUGACGAUGAAAGUUGUUGUGGAAGUGACACUUCAGAAGUAUUAACAUCGACUUUUUCCUCAUCAAAAAUGUGUAAAUAACACUUUAAAUUGUUAUUCAGGACAAUCCAAUCCACUAAUCCAGGAUGUUGAAGGUUCACUUGACGAGAUUGUGGAACAUCAGAAAUCAUGAGCAAUGUUGGUAGCCAUAGUAGUGAGUUAAACGCGGGCGUAGAGUCCAAAGAUUAUGCAUCUCGAAGCCGUAUUCCUAUAGAGAAAGGUCUAUAUUAACUCAAAGCAAGUUUGAAGAAAUCAUAUUGAUAUUAUUAAGACUGCCUUAUUAGACAAUCCGGGUUUAUCAACAUUGCAAGAAAUGAGGCAAACUUUAGAUGCUAACAUGAACGAUUUAUUAGAGAUCUAUGGUAAAUUACUGAAAUUGUACGAUGUUCAGGAGGGCGAGGAGUUGACAAGUCUGCAUAAACUGUGGGAUGAGCAGUACAGUAAUUAUUAUGGUAUUCUUAACAAGAGAAUUAACAAAAUUUUUUAUGAAUACAAAUAAGCAGAACAUGGUGAAUAUUGAUAUAACUUCUCGUAGCUCACAUGCUUCACAAUCCUCUCGAAAGGCAAUAAUACAAUCAAAACAUGCUCGUUUGAAAACCAAUUUAAGUUUUCUAGAAAUGGAGAAAGAAAAAGAAGUGGAAUUCAAAAGAAUACAGAUGAUGAAAGAAUUAGCAGAUAACCAAGAUGAAAUAGAAGCUAUCAAUAAGUUUGAAGAGGAACAAAAUAUUGAACUGGGAAGUCCUACUUCACACAUGUUACCUAUGCAGGUGCAAAGUCCACUGGAACGUGUCCGGGAAUAUAUAAACGAACAAUAUCAUUCAUGCCAAUGGAUAAUAGUAAUACUUCUAGAAUUUCCGAAUUAAGCCCAGAUACGCAGACUGCACCAUUAAACCCACAUGUUUGUCCCAUUAACGAUCCCACUAAUCCUGAAUCCCUUUUCUCCUGACCAAACGACUACAGAAAAUCCACAGGGAAUUAACCGAAAGAUCUGUGUCCCAGCACCCUACAUCAGGUGUACCACAUUCACAACACAUACAUGGAUUCCAUCAAUCUAACCCGUUGUACACAGUUACGACUGACACUAGAAACCCAUUCACAUCAAGUACAUAUCCACACGUUACGGUUCCAACACCUUCAGCUCAAUCAAACAAUGCUAUGACUUAUCCGCAACCCAAUACUUGCUCAACAUCGCAUGGACAACCUCGAACCGCAUCGGAUGAACUGUUAACUACAGAUGCAUACCUUUGCACAUCAGAUGACUAAAUAUGUAGAUAAAGAGUUUGGUGAGGCUUUUUCAUGUGAUAAUAUAUAUUUAGGUGAGAUUAAGCCAACCAGCAAUGCAAAUCGGGGUUUUGUUACCAUUAAAAAGUACAUGGAGGGGGAAUUUACCAAGUAUGUUAACAACAAUGGCCAUGUCACUGCAGACAAGAAAGAUGUCAAAACACAGAAAGUAGUGGGGUUUUUUUGGAAACACACAUGUAACACUUGUUGUAAAAGGACCUAAAAGAAGAUGAGCCAAAAUAUCAUGUUUAAGGUUAAAAAGGAACAGUAUAUUUAAAAACUGUUAAAACAGAGCCACAAAAACUGACAUUUAAGUUUGUUAUUUACAGUAAGAACAAUUGAUCUAUGUUAUGUUAUAUAAGCAUGAAAAUUAUAUUCUUAUUCAUGCCAACAAAAAUUAAUUUGGACAUUUUCAAGUUGUGUGUCUUAUUACAAAUAUCCCAGUAGUAUUUUAAGGGUGAGGCUCAAAGAUAUCUGCAAAGUACAGGGAACAUGCAAGCUUUUCAGGUGGGUAUGGGGGUUGCCCAGACAUACUCUCCAGUUUUAAUGAUCUGUUUUUGGGUCAUUCCAGAAAACAUAUGAUUCCACACUCCCCCAACAAGGAAAUCAGAAGUUAACCCUUCUACUGCCAUGACAUUUCAGACAUUUCUAUCAUGGGAGAGGAAGAGCAUACAUAAUUUCUGAGGCAAGUUUUACCCACAUGGAAUCGCCAUCAGUUAAUACAUUUUUCCCAUUAUUAAAGCUAAACAUAGUUGUGUAUAUGCUACUACUGUAGCAAGUACUAUGAUUUUAAUACAGAUUUCUAUUGUCUUCAAAAUUCUCUUCUCAAUGUCCUGUAUGAUAUAGCCACAUCUUUUAGCAAUAUGUUCUCUGGGUUGGGUAAAAGUCCACUGUGAGGUAAUCAUUUUCUACAUUCAGAACACCUGAAACUCUACCAACAUUUUCCAGCUCAUCUAAUGAUAGCUCCCAGCCUUCGUCUUCCAAAUCAUAUGCUUCAGGAUUAGAAUGUAUGAAAUCUGGAAUUCCAAUUGGCAUUAGUGUAUCCUUUUGCAAUCUGCAUUUUGAACUGUUCCACACCAUGGUUCCUCCUCAGAAAAACAUGUAUACUUGCUAGCACACCAGUUUCAGUUCCUCGGUCAAGGCGGAUUAUAGAAUAUAUUCUCUUUGUUUCAUAUAGAUGGUCACAAUACCACCUCCCAACAAGCUCUGGAUUGCAGUUGGAUGUCCAUACUUUAAGGAACAUCACUUUUCUUGAUGCUGUGUCAUAGCAUCCAUAUAUAGCUAGUGGGAAAGUCCAGUUCUGGAAUCCCAUCAACUUAUUUAUGACCAUCCAGACUCCAAUUAACUCCAUGAGUUUUGAACUGCCCCCUCUUUCUCUUGCCCUUGUUACGUGAUUCUCUUUCUUCCAAGGCAUCAGGGUUGAGGUUGUACAUGACAGUGUUGACCAAGUCCCUAUGCACAAUUUUUUGUCAUGGCCCUGACACCUAACAGCCCUCCAGGACCUUUCAAUUCUUCACUGACCACAUUUCGUACAUCUACUACGGGAGUAUCAUAUUUGAUAUAAGUUUAUGUGAAAAUGCCGUAGUCUAUGGUCCAAAGUCUUAAUACAGCCCCAGGUAUAUUGGGGAAAUGCCCUAUUGUAGAUGCCCUAAUUUUUGGCCCAAGUGAUCCCAGAGUACAGGCAAAAUUACUUGAACAUGAUGCCAGUCUAACCUUAAAUAAAGCUAUUGACAUUGCUAGAACUGCAAAAGCUAUUGUAUCACAAUUAGCAGAUAUAAGAAGUACAGAGCCUUUUUCUACACAGAUAAAUGCCUCAAGUAGCCCUGUUAGUAUUAGCAAGCACCAGACCCAUCCUUCAACCCUCAAGUACUAAUAUAACACCAUUUGGUGGGCAUAUUAUCGAACAGUAUGGUACAUGUUUGUUGACACUUUCACACAAAGGCAUUAGGAAAAAAUACCCUUUCUAUGUCGUAAAUACAACUGGUCCCACUAUAUUAGGCCUACUUACUUGUAGUGAUAUGAAAUUAGUUACAUUAAAUGAUUCAAUUACAAGUCAGCAUGUUUUGAAAUCAGCCCCUUUCAACCCCUCGCAAGGUGACAUGAAGGAGACGCUUCUUCGUGAUUAUGCUGAUUGUCAAAGUGGCAUUGGGUGUUUUGAGGGAGAGUUUCAUAUUACGCUAGACCCCAGCAGUGCCAACAGUAAUCCAUCCACCCCGCAGGGUUCCAGAGCCCUCCAAGAACUGUUAAAGAAAGAGCUUGAUGCUCUAGAAGCACAGGGUGUUAUAACCAAAGUUUCAGAGCCCACUGAUGGGUUAACUCACUUGUGUGUGUAA